UUAGACGGCCGGCAACAACUUUCGAGCGAGGGCCAUAAGUAAAGGGCGCCCCGUGACAGACCUCUGGUUUUAUUCGUCCCAUGGAGUUGAACCGGGCUGCGCCUUUUCCCUUCGUCGAGUCCGGCUCCUGAAUCGGAUAUUUGCAUGGUGUGUGGCCCGCCGCCUUCUUUGCCCUGUGAGGGUAGAAAGUCGAGAAGCUUCUUGGCCUUUGUUCCUGACAGGGAAGGCCGAGGAGCUUUCGCAGGUUUUUCACUCGGAGGAGCAUGUAAGAAGAAGAAGAACCAACAGCGAUAACAGUCAGACUCAAACACACACACACCCCGGCCCCUCCCCCGUGUUUAUUGACUUAUUCGUGGAGGGGAAUUGGGAAGGCCGCUCCUCUAAACUUCUGGUUGAGCCCGCGCUUGCACACACAAAUACUCUUGAGGAUAAACAAACAAUCAAAUUAAAUUCUAGAAACAAAUUCGGUACGAUCGAAUGCAGUUAUGCAAAGAGAGCCAAAGAGCUGAUCUAGGAAUAAUGUCUUUUAUAUUGCAUUUUUGAUGAUUCUAAACAGACGAUGUGUCAUGGUUGCAGAUGAUGCGCUAGCCACCUUCCCUUCGUGGACUGAAUAUGUCAAAAGAAUCAGAGGCUCCACUUUCCUUGACUGACUGUAGUUGUAAUAUUUGCAUGGACAUUUUUCUGGAACCGGUCACAUUACCAUGCCAUCACACCCUCUGUAAAUCCUGUUUCCAGCUUACAGUGGAAAAGGCCAGCCUAUGCUGUCCUUUCUGUCGUCGUCGAGUCUCUUCUUGGGCCCGAUAUAAUGCCCGCAAGAACACUCUUGUUAAUUUGGAAUUAUGGGACAAGAUUCAAAAAUAUUUCCCAACAGAAUGCCAACGCAGAAUUAAUGGGCAUGACCUAGAAGAAGAAGAGAUAUGCAAACUUCAGCCACUACACUGUUUAAGUAAGCCUGGAGAAUUAAGAAAGGAGUACGAAGCUGAGAUAACUAAGGUGGAAGCAGAACGACGUGCUCAUGAACAAGAAGAGAGCAAAGCAAGUGAAGAGUAUAUUCAGAAGAUGUUAGCAGAAGAGGAAGAGCAGCAGAGGUUAGCAGAAGAGCACAAAAAAAAGAUGGAAGAACAGUUAUUACUAGAUGAAAUGUUGGCACGAGAACUGAGUUUCAAUCUGAACAGUUCUACUGAGGAGACCAUAUGUAGCAGUCUGUCACCUGGCCUCCCCCUUUCUAAUUCCUGCAAAACAUCAAAAAACAAAUUGAGCAAUUCUGGGGACAUCAAAAAGUAUUUGUCUCCAAAGUCCUGCAGUGUCUUGCCUGCAAAGUUGCUCUGCAGAAAAUUAGAGGAAGAAGGCAUUGACUCUUUUUCUGGGGAAAGCAGCAAUUCUAAACACACCUUUGCAUUAGAGGAGGAAGAAAGAGAUGAAAUGCCUACGCUGUCACCACAGAAAAUCAGUGAGAUUAGAAAUACUGAAGAUCCCUCUUUAGAGCCAUCUAUUCCACACUUAAAUAUAUGUACUACAGCUAAGUCCAGCCUACUUACCCUGGAUAUAUCAAGUUCUUCCAGAUAUCUUGUAAAUGAGUUAGCAGAUGAGCUUUCUGAGGUUACGCAUAGGGGAAACUGUGAGUCAGAGUGUUUUUUCUCAAAGAGAGAUGCAACUGCUUAUGACUUUAAAAGUGACAGUUUUACAGAAAAUAUGCACUUGACAAAACAUGCAAAAAUUAGUACUCCCCAGGAAACACUUAUUUCUGUUAUAGCUUGUAACCAGCAAGAUAGCAACAUUGCAACCUGUGACCAAGCAAAAUUGAUGACAAGCAGUAGAAUAGAAAGAAAACCCCACAAUGGCUUUCUAAUCACUAAAGAUAUUCCAAAGAGAAAAUCUCAAGCAUCAUCCCCUGAAGCAGCAGAUUCAUAUUUGAAUGAUAAAAGGAGAAGAACUUUCUCACAAAAUGAAGAAGAGGAAGAGAUGAAUGAUAUACAAAAGCAGAUAAAUUUGGAGAAGCAACUUUAUGAAAGGCAUAAGCAAGAAGAGGAGGACAGGUGUUUAGCUCUGAAGCUUCAGAAGGAAAUUGACAAAGAGCAGAAAACACUAAAUCGCAAAAAAGGUUCUCCAGAUGAGUACCAUUUGCGACCUACAACAUCUCAAUCAGUAAAAGAAUCUCCACCUUUUAGGAAACGCAAGCUGUCAGAGAACUUGAAACCUACAAACAACCAGAGCAAAAUAGACCAACGAAAACUACGCAGAAGCUCCCACAAUGAGAAUGGGAAACCCUCUGAUAAACUCCAGACAAAGUUGUCUGUAAAAGGAGGGAAUGUUUUGAAUUGUGUCAUCAAUAGCUCUGAUUCAAAAGAUACAGAAUUGAUGCCAAACAAGCAAAAAACAAUCCUUCAGAUGUUUAAAAGGCCUGCCACAAACUAAAGUCAACACUACCUAUAAAGGUAUUGAUAGGAAUUAAAGAAUGGGCACUCUUUUGAAAGGCUGACUGAGUUAAACAUUUAUCUGUUCAGGGAUUAACAGCUUUCAGAAUUAAUGUCCUCUUUGGUUGGGAACCAGUAGUGCCUGCUGUAUGCCCCUUCACUUUGAUUUCUUGUUGCAUCUCAGUGCUCGGGUUAUUCAAUGUCAAGAGAGAUUUGUUUAAAACCAUCCUGUACUCUAGCUCAUCAUUUUUGUUGGAAUGUGUCAUCAUAGCAUCUCCCAGUUGCCACCUUUCCACUUCUCUUUUCCCCCCUUACCCCGGCAGAAGUAAAUAUGUGGGAGAAGUUGACAGAUGAUUUUGAGUUGGACUGGAACAUCAUAAGGCUUGAGGAAUUGGUAUUAGCAUGCCACUGUUGCCCAUUUUGAUUGCACUUCGAGGUGGAUUUCAUAGUAAAUGUCAUCCUUCACAGAUCCUUUAAGGUAUAUUUUCCAUAGACUAUUAAAAUACCUUAAACUGUUUCCAAGGGAACAGGUUUUUCUAUUUCUUGAAAUUAUAAAUUUUCAUUUGUCUAGGAGAUAAUCUGUUAAAAAAGUUUUCAAGUCUCAUGAGAAAACCUUCCUGUCUUGAAUGGACUCUUUCUGCAGUUCUGCAGGAAACUACAUUUGGAAGUAAUAUCUGUAGACAUGGUUAGAAGAUAAACCUAUGUAUUUUUUCA